CUGUGCGCCUGUGAGCACCUCCCGGUUUCACGCGGACAGUAACUCCGCUGCAGGACACGAGACUCACUGAGUGGAUACACAGUUUGGGGAGAAGCUGCUCGAGCGCAUUCCCGCGGACUUUGGGUAACUUCACGAAGGAACUCAAACCAAGCAAAGCACCAACACUUUCAUCUCUGAUGCUCAGAGGCUCCGAUUCUUUACUCAUCCAAAGCUUCUAAGGAGAAGACGAACGGCUACAGAGACUCAGGAUUAACACUCCUGACGAACACUGGCUCAGGAGGCUGCACUUCACACUCGCCGGCCCGCUGCAGCCGGAGCAGAGCGCUGCAGAGUUCACAGCCUGACGUCAUCAUGCUGCCUUACUUCCUGCUCUUCUGCCUCUCAUCUGGUCUGGUGUUAUCCUCUGACUGCCCAGACGACUGUUCCUGCCAGAGCCAGGACUCCAUAUUCUGCAUUAAUCGACGCUCAAGCAUCGUGCCUCGUGUCCCCGCCUCCACCCAAAAUCUAUACAUUUUCCAGAACGGCAUCAACUCUUUGUCCCAAGAUGACUUCAGAGGACUGGGGGAGAUGGAGUUGUUAGAUCUGAGCCAGAAUGAGCUGGCAGAGAUACCAGACGGUGUGUUUGAGAUGCUGUCAAAGCUGAAGAACUUAGACCUGUCCACUAACCACAUUUCCCACAUAUCCAAAGACAGUUUUUCUGGGUUGGUCCAGUUGGAGAGGCUGUAUCUCCAUGCAAACCGCAUUCAGAGCAUCCACGUGGCAGCUUUUGAAGGUUUAGAGAUGCUACUGGAACUCAAGCUCCAAGGGAACCAGCUCACCUCUCUGCCAUCCCUUAAUUUCCCCAGACUUUUGCUUUUAGACCUCAGUUACAACAUCAUCCCCACCCUGGGACCAUCAGACCUCCAGACUCCCCAUCUGGAGGCCCUUAAGGUGGCAUCUCUCGGGCUCACCUCUGUGGAUGAGGAUCUCAUAGCCUCCCUGGGGAACCUCCAUGAGCUCGACAUCUCCACAAACCAGUUAACUGAGGUGCCCCAGGCCCUAAUGCAGGACUCCCUCAAGGGGCUGAUCAAGCUCAGCCUGGCUGCCAACCCAUUGGGCGAGCUCAGGGUGGAGGACUUCCAGAAACUGAGUGGACUUCAAGAACUGGAUCUCAGUGGUCUUAAUCUCCAGGGAUUUUCCCAGAGUUUCUUCCAGACCUUCCCUAGGUUGAUGCACCUGACAGCAGCUGAAAACCCAUUUAACUGCUUGUGUCCAUUAGCCUGGUUCCCCGUCUGGCUAAAGGAGAAGAAUGUGAAUCUUGGGCGCCCUGAAGAAACCAGAUGUCACUUCCCUCUAGUUAAUGCUGGGAAGAUGCUUUCAGCGCUGGAGCACAAAGACUUUGGGUGUCCACCUACCACAACAGUGCUGAUUGACUCCCCCAUUGGAAGUACUCCUGUUCCCAAGAUGCCCACCACAUCUCCAGAGCCCAUCCAUACCAACGCUAUUCCUCCUCCUCCUCCACCUAGUGAAGCAACCAUCUCCUCAAAAACAGACAGCCCCCUUUCACCAGAACCUCCAGUCUCCCCAAGCUCCACCAGUGGGGAGCUAGGGGAACACAUCUGUCCACCAAACAUCUGCCUCAAUGGGGGCACAUGUAAUUUUGACCCAUUGGGUCAACUCAGCUGUUUGUGUCCCUCAGGAACCUCUGGCCUCUACUGUGAAAAUGUAGAUGAGGUUCCUGAGCCUCCAAAACCCUCAGCAACAGAGGUUUUGCUAGUUGCCCCUGCGAUGCCCGCUGAACUUGAUGCUAUCAGCUCACGGCAUGUCACCUCCACUUCUAUCCUUCUCGACCUGCACCGUUUCAUCGAGAUACGGCCACACAUCCGUGGCAUCAGGUUGACCUACCGUAACCUCUCAGGGCCUGACCGCCGCCCCAUUAUCCUGAGUGUACCGGCAUCCUACCCCGAGUACACUUUGCGUGGUUUGAUACCGAACUGUACCUACUCAGUCUGUGCCAGUCCCCUUGGUGAAAGAACCAACUCUAGGGCCAACAGCUCUGUAGAAACCGGGUCGUGUACAGAGGCUCGCACCGAAGGGGUUCCACCGUCAUCCACAGAGUCUAGGGUGGAGUCACAGAGCCAGCUGACACACACUCUAAUCCCCACCCUGGCUGCACUGGCACUGGUGCUGGGGUUGGCCGUGGUGGCUGGGACAAUCAUCUGUGUCCGAAAGAGGAGGCAGGCCAAGGCAGGGAUGGAGCUGGAGCUGGGCCCGGCAGAUCCUGAUCCCAUAGAACUGGAUGGGAUAAAGGCCUGCCUGGAGAAUGGGGGGAAUGGUACACUACCCCACAAACAGCCUGAGAUUGACGGCUGUCACACUCCUCAGUCACCUGCUUCCUUGCAACAAAAUGGGGGUUUGGACUAUGAAGUACCCUUGAUGCAAGGCCACUGCCCAUCAAAUAACAAUAUAGCAUCCUUAAAGCCAUCUUAUUUCUAAUAUCCAGUAACAUGCAAACACUUGAAGAGAUUGGGCCCACCAGGAGAUCCUGCUAUGGAUCACUUAGUGGUUAAAAAUCUAAUUUUCGUUCCAAUUUCUGAUCCACAUAUUGAAAGGUGGCACCUACUAUCCUUUGUUGUCCAAAUGAUGACACUGCAGACGGGAUCAUCUAUUUUACAGACACUGAAUGAUGAAUUUAAGAUUAUAGCAUAUUGAAAAUGUGCCUAACCACUGUGGGACUGGAAUCAGGAUGUGGUUUAAAGUCAUCUCGCAGAGUUUGAUGGUGAUGAAACCAAACUAAGUGCAAUCGACUAGAAGGGUCUUAGUAGCAGAAUGAAAACAGUGCCUUUUUGCAUCGACACAACUGUAACCAGUGGCUCAUUUUAUUUUUAAUGUUUUAAAUCUUUGCUUAUAUAACAGAAACUAUGUGAAUGAGCUGUAAUCCUGUUGCUGGAUUUGGGAGAAGGUGUCCCAGUGUUUGGGCUACAGAACCGGAGGAAGUGACUGUAAUACAGUGAUGCACACGUGUGAUGCUGAAGACCACAUGUCCCGGUACAAAAUGGGUUUUCGACCAACGCCAACUGCUUCGUGGGGAUUAUAAAAUAAACUUGCACUGAAAAGAAAUAUCACAUAGAACAAUAAACACAACUUUAAAAUACUUUUCAAAGGUUGAUGAGUGUAAAAGCUGUCUGAACUUCAUAUGUUGCUGUUGACAUUUUCUAACGUGAAACAACACUUCAAGUUUCUCCACACGCGAAGUUGGAUUCUUCAGUGUCAAGAGAUCUACUAUAAUUCUCUCCACACAUCCUGAAGCUUCGGGCUGCGGGAGAUGAAUUUGCUGUGAAAGAUAAAAGAUAAAUGGACUGAAUGAGAAGCCAUUGAAAAAGGUUCUGUCGAGCUGACAGCAUGAUAUUCUUCUCAUGUGUUUGUUGUAUUUGUAUUGUGUUCAUCCUUUCAGUAUUGCUAUGGUUGCGAGUUGAAACAUUACUAGUUGUUCUCCCUUGAAUGAGCUCUGCUUAAGUCAUCACGGAUUGUUUUCUAUGUGCUUUGUAGGUUAAAGCUUUCCAGAGCUUUUUCGGAGUUCUUGAGCUAAAAGCAACUAACAAUAAUCAAAAAUCUACUCAAAUGUUUUAACUUAAGGAUAAAAUUAAAACAUUAUCUUCAUGAUUCACGUCAUCUUUACAUCAUGCAUAGAAUUCUUUUUUGUGUGAGGUUCGUCAAAAUGUGUCUGAAGAACUCAGCAAGUGAAUGUAUCAAGUGUCAGCGCUACAUCAGGACAAGCCACAGACUGUUCCUGACAGCCAAAGCUCCAGAAUUGUGUUCAAAGGCCUUUUGCCACAGAAGCUGCUCUAUAAAGCAGCGCACGCGUGCCGGGAGAAGAGAGUUCAAAGAGCUUGAAGGAACUUUGCUGUGAGCGUCAGUGAGUUUGAGGCCCUGGUUUCCUCUCGCUGCUGCCUGGACUGUUUCUAGACAGCGUCUCCCUGCAGCCGCUUGCUCACACACCCUCUGGCUCAAACACAUCCUCCGGCCCUCUCUCAGCCUCUGUGUUCUGGGAUUGUUGGCUGCAGUGUUUGGAGACGGUUUGGCUGUGAAACGCUCAGGCGGAGCGUUCUAUGCAUUUGUUCUCGUUUUCCUGUCCGGGGAUGGAAUGUCAUAAGAAUUUAUUUUAAUGCGUCUUUUCCUGAGAAAACUUUACAGACGUGCCUUAUCAUAUACAUGCUGAUGUAUUUCUUUACUUCUCCUCACAAGACAUUAUAUUACAUUACAAACUAAAAAUGAUAAAACUGCGUGCGUGCGUGCGUGCGCGCGCUCUACACUCCAGCUCUGUCCGAGAUCAACUUAUUUCUCCGGCUUCUGCUACUUUCCUCGUCCUGACAAUAUUCCAGAACAAACACAGACGCUCAUAUAUCUGCCCCCCCUCCCCCUCUUUGUGUUUCUUUGGCAGGAGAUAUUUGCAAUAGUUUCAACAUGCUCGUCACAGAACCUUCUUUGUUUAUUUAGGGAUCUUGUCUUUUUAUUCUUAUUUUAUGUUUGUAUGUUUUUGUGUUUGCCAGAAAAGCAAUGCUGAGAAAAAGAGCAGUAUUAAAGAGAUGACUUGUGAA